UUAACGCGCCCCACUCGCGGACUCGCUGAUCGGGUCCCCGCCUCCCGCGCUCGCUCCCCGCGGGCCGCCACCGCCGGCCCGUCGCCUCAUCGCGCGCCGGCAUUUCAUUCCUCCAGCGCUCUCGACCAGAGCGCGCGCGCACACCGCUAAUCAGUGCUCGCGAUACACGUACCUAUUUUUUAUGUAAUUUAAUCGCUCAGACCAAUAUACGGUUUUAAAGUACAAUUUGGUGUCGUCUUCAUCAUUUACGAACCUUCGUCAACAAGUUUCGAGCCGGAUUCGACGUAAAGCAACUUUAAAGACGCCGUUUCGACGAGGUCCAUCAAACACAAAGAAGAUAGCGCGCCUGGCCGAGACUACAAUCGCCAUUUUUAUAACAUCGGAGUGAAUCACCGCGAGCCAACCUAAGCUACAACUACUACAAUAAAGCGAAAUUUGUGAAGUCAUCGUCCUGCCCGAGAAUAAAGAAACGAGACAUUCAAAACCAGAAAAGGGUUCCACAAACCAAGAACGGCUCCACAUACCAGGAAAAGGGUUUGCAGUGUUUAUUUGUGAGUCGUUCCUAUUUUAUUUCUUAUUGCGCAGGUAUAAUUUGACCACCUUUAUUUGGUACUUAUUUCUUUAAUUUUCAAUAUUUUAAUUCUCUUCUAGCUACUAAAAUCACAUUCCUGUUUCACGUCACCCAACUCUUAAUCAGUUUACAUCUUAGUUAAAUCGUAAUAUUUUUUAAAUAUUCCUGUUUUAAUUUACAAGCUUUCUUAUCAAGGUUAACAUUCCCGUUCAUAUUUUGGAUAUUUUUAUUACAGUUUUCGUAAAAUUAGCUUAAAAUUAGUAACCACAUUUCAAGGCCUAAUUAAUUGUAUUGCAACCAUUUGUGCCAACCGUGUGCCAUCAUUGCUAUAUUUUAAUAUUUACUUGGAAUAUUUCAGAAAUCUGCACGUGUUCGUAUUUGUACCUACACGUAACCAAGCCGUGCCGGGGCCGGAGCUACAGCGUGCACGUGCACGUGUACACCUGCUUCCGUCAUUGUUCGCGCUUGCUUGCCUGCCUCCGCCACGCCACGCCACGCCAUUGCCUCUCGCACGCGUGCUAUUUGCAAAUUUUCAAAAUUUACGUAUCGCUUCACACACUAUAUUAUUUCACAUUUUUUUUUAAUUUAAGCACUUUCUAAUCACAUUUUCCUAUUGCAGCUGGAAAUUUGAAUUCUAUCGCCAUUUCUAUAACUUUUAACUAAAUUUCACAUUCUAUCACAAAUCUUUUGUUUUCUCUAAAAAUUUGAAUUUCUCAAUACUUCACGCAUUGCCAAAAUGGAUUUAAAAAAUCUCAAAAAAACACGUGCCUCUUUCAAAUCAAAGCUUACCAUAUUUAAAUCAUAUUUAGAGCCUCUUUUGUCAUGCCAUACGCUAAAUAAUUUGCAAAAUCAUGAGCUGAAUACCAGAUUCAUUAAAAUCCAAGAUAUGUACAAUGAUUUUGAUUCCGUUCAAACUGAUAUAGAAAAUUUGACGGAAAUUCCAGGUGACGAACACACAGAACGGGAAAAUUUCGAGACAAGCUACUUCGGUGCCUUGGCUGCUGCGCAGGAACUGCUCAGCAGGCACACCGCGGCUGGUGCUGCUUCUGCGGCGCCUGAGGACAAUCUGGUAACGGGUUCCAAUGUCGUUACUGCACUCACAGGUGGGCCAAAUAUUAAAUUACCUACAAUUCAUUUACCUACCUUUUCUGGGCGCUAUCAGGACUGGUUAGAAUACCAUGAUACCUACAAAUCUCUCAUACACGAUAAUCAAUCAAUUCCAAUUAUCCACAAAUUUCAUUAUUUGCGAAGUUCAUUGAAAGACGGUGCUUCACUCGUAAUUAAAUCACUAGAGUUCUCGUCUGAUAACUAUAAAGUCGCGUGGGAUUUGCUUUGUGAACGUUACACAAACGAUAGAAUAUUGGUAAAUAAUCACUUAAAUGCAUUAUUUAACAUAAACCCUGUGCUUCAAGAAUCUUCAAGGGCCUUACGAAAUACUAUAGAUUUAGUCAAUAAAAAUCUCAGGGCUUUGAAGACUCUUAAUUUACCCACAGAGCACUGGGAUAUCCUCAUAAUCCACAUGGUAACUAGCAAACUCGAUUCAGCCACUUUGCGCGAUUGGGAAACCGAGCGCAAUAAUAUUAAAAAACUACCAACAUUAACGGAAUUUACCACUUUCUUAAGAAAUCGCGCAGAUUUGCUAGAAACCAUGGAGGAGGCACAAACACUAAAUAAACCACGUCGACACAGCGACAUUACUCACAAUCGUCCUAAAUCAUUUCUUGUAAACCAUGCUCAAAAUCAGACUCAGUAUAAAUAUAAGUGUCCUGUUUGCAAAAAUAAUCACUCAAUUUAUCAAUGUACUAAGUUUAAAACAAUGCCAGUUGAAUCCCGCAUUAAUAAAGUGAAUCAAUUGAAUCUUUGCACAAAUUGUUUGCGAUCAGGACAUGACGAACAACGUUGCAGGCUGAGGUCAUGCCGGCUUUGCACACAAAGACACAAUACCAUGCUACAUAUAAACAAUCAAGCAAAGGCAGACCCUAAGUCUUCCACAUCCAAACCUAAUGAUUGUGUAGCAUCACCAACUCUAAAAGAGCAUACACAAGCUCCACAACAAAUUACAAACAGUGCUGCUUUAUGCUCCACGUUCGGUAGCCAUCGUGUACCGUUAUCUACAGCUGUCAUCAACGUCAGCGACUAUGAUGGCCACACACACCAAGUUAGAGUUCUCUUGGACAACGGAAGUAUAUCUAGUUUCAUUACCAAAGAUCUUCAAGCAAAAUUAAAAUUACCUUCUUAUUCCACUAGCAUAUCCGUCACAGGGUUAGAAAAGAAAAGAUCAAGCAUCACCGAACAUUGUGAUGUAACCAUAACUUCACGUACGCAAGAUUACACAGCAGAAGUCAAUUGCUUCGUUGUCCAAGAGAUCACUGAUAUGAUUCCAUUCACCAAACUAAAUUGUGAUUCGUUCACUAUUCCCCCUCACAUCCACCUAGCGGACCCGAACUUUCACGAGCCAUCCGAGGUGCAGAUGCUGCUGGGUGCAGAACUCUUUUGGGAGUGCCUUACAUAUAAUCACAUAUCCCUGGGCAAGAAAAAACCCGUCCUAGUUGAAACAACACUCGGAUGGCUUGUUGCAGGUUCUAUACAUACACAAAAUUCUAAACAAAAGCAACCCUAUACAGUCCAUUGCAAUCUAAUCAACAACAUUGAGCUCGAUGCAAAACUAGACAAGUUUUUUGAACUAGAAUCAGUUCCAUCCACUCAACAAAUCCACACUAAAGGUGAGAGUGAAUGCGAACGCAUAUUUACACAAACAACAACCCGCCACCCAGAUGGUAAGUUUGUUGUCACAAUACCAUUAAAAGAAUCUCCUGAAUGUUUGGGCGAUUCUAGAACACAAGCAUUACUUCGAUUUCAAGCAUUAGAGCGUAAAUUCAAGCGCACCAGAUGUCUUGUACAGUUGGGUCAAGAAUGCGCAGAAAAAAAUGUAAGUGAAACAAUCUUACACGAUUUCUAUGUAGAUGACUACAUCUCAGGAAAUGAUGACAAAGCCACUCUGUUAGAAACAUGCAAAGGCGUCAUUAAAACACUAGAAAGUGCUCAUUUUCAUUUAAGAAAGUGGCGUUCAAAUGCACCAUCAUUACUAGAUAAUUUAGUUGCAGACAACAGUAGCGAUGAACUAUUUAAAUUGGACACAGAAAAUCACUCGAAAACCUUAGGUUUACUUUGGUCAUGUCAAUCUGAUGAGCUGCUGUUCUCUGUAGCUGAAAAUCUAAAACCCAGACCCACAACCUUGAACCCUGCCGACAUAGGUGGUAGGGGUCAGAGCGCAUCAAACCUCAAAAAUUCACUUUUGUGGUGGGAAGGACCGCCCUUCCUUCAUGAAACGGAAAUACAAUGGCCUACUCAACCUCAAAACUUACCUUUAGAAAAUUUGCCUGAAGUCAAAAUACAAUGUCUCGUUUCAACUAAACAAUGCGAGGAUAAUUUUACCUCUAAAUACUCAAACUUUUGUAAAUUGCAACGUAUUAUAGCAUACAUGAAUAGAUUCGUUCAUAACUGUAAAAAUAUAACAAACAAGAAUACAGGUCCAUUAAAGGUGUCAGAGCUUAAUCUGUCAUUACAAAUGUUGUGCAAACAAGUGCAGACUGACAAAUUUAGCGAGCAACUCUCGCGUUUGCUAAAUAAGUGCCCACUUUCUCAUAAAGAUACUCUGUUGAAAUUUAAUCCAUUUGUAGAUACUUUCGGAAUUAUGCGAGUAGGCGGUAGACUUGCAAGUUCAUAUUACGAUUAUAACACAAAACACUCUAUUUUAUUACAUGCAUCGCAUCACAUCACUAAAAUAUUAGUACACCAUUACCAUCGAAUGUUGAUGCACACUGGACCACAGCUGAUGCUAACAACAUUACGUCACAGGUACUGGAUAAUUAACGGCCGUAACCUUUGCAGACAGACUUCACAAAGCUGCAUUACAUGUUUAAGAUACUCGGGUAAAACUCAUCAGCCAAUUAUGGGCAACUUGCCACUGCAAAGGGUACAGUCCGAAUAUGUAUUUGCUAACACAUCCUGUGACUACGCUGGGCCAAUCCUGAUAGCGAGCAGAAAGGGUCGUGGUUGUCAAACGAAGAAAGCAUAUAUAGUUGUUUUUGUUUGUUUGGCAGUGAGGGCGGUACACUUGGAGCUCGUCACUGAUUUGACAGCCAUGGGCUUUAUUGCCGCUUUAAAUAGAUUCAUAGCCCGCAGAGGCAAACCAGCCACCAUUUUGUCAGAUAAUGGUACUUGUUUCAUAGGGGCUAGUAACGAAUUAGCAAAGUUCCUUAAAAAUAAUUCUGAAGAAAUAACGUCAUAUUCAGCUACAAAGGAAAUAGAAUUCAAAUUUUGUCCUGCUUAUAGCCCACAUUUUAAUGGUUUGGCGGAGGGCGCAGUUAAGCAGAACUGCAGGUCCGAAACAAAUGGCGCAGGGAUGGAGGCCAGCUGAAGCUUGGCGAGAUGGUUCUCGUCAAAGACGACCGCUUGCCCCCCAGCAGAUGGCUGCUUGGGCGAGUCACCGCAGUCUACCCGGGCAACGACGGAGUCAGCCGCGUCGCUGACGUCACCACCACCACAGGGACGCUGAGAAGGGCC